ACACCUCCUGUUUGAUUGUAUCGCCAUGCAAAUGACGCACUGAGCCUCAGUGUGUGAAGAUGGCUCCUUUUCCAGACGAGGUGGAUGUUUUUACUGGCCCACACUGGCGAAUGAAGCAGUUGGUGGGCUUAUACUGCGAGAAGCUGUCAAAAACCAACUUCUCCAACCACAAAGACUUCCGAUCGUUUCUUCAGUCGCUGUGUGCAACCUUUAAGGAGUUCAAGAUGCACGAACAGAUUGAAAAUGAUUACAUUAUCGGCCUGUUGCAACAGCGCAGCUGCACCGUGUACAACGUGCACUCUGACAACAAACUCUCAGAGAUGUUAUCCCUCUUCGAGAAAGGACUGCACAAUGUCAAGAGUGAAUAUGAGCAGCUUAACUAUGCCCAGCAGCUGAAGGAGAGGCUUGAAGCUUUUACCAAGGACUUUCUACCCCAUAUGAAGGAAGAGGAAGAGGUGUUUCAGCCCAUGCUGAUGGAAUACUUCACAUAUGAGGAGUUAAAAGACAUCAAAAAACAGGUGAUCGCGCAGCACUGCAGCCAGCAGCAAUGGGACUAUGCAGCUGAAGUGCUGAAGGGCCUCAGUUUGUGGAGCCAUGCAGAUGAGCUGCAGAAAGCCUUCAAAUACACGGAUCAUGAGAAGACGGAUGACGAACUGGAGCAGAAGAGGCAUUCUACGCACAUCUCCCAGCUUCCUACAGAGAUCAUGCUGAGGCUAUUCCUCUACUUGGGCCCUGAAGAUCUGUGCCGCUGCAGUCAAGUGUGCACCUUGUGGUCAGAGCUGGCCAAGACCGGCUCUCUCUGGAGGCACCUUUACCCUGUACGCUGGGCCCGAGGAGAUUAUUAUAGCGGCCCUCCUGGUGAUCUUGACCAGGAGCCAGAUGAAAACUGGGUGAAGAGUCGGCAGGAUGAGGGUCGAGCCUAUCAGGAAUGGGAUGAGGAUGCUGAUGUGGAUGAGUCUGAUAUAUCUGAGGACACAGAGGGCUCAUUGGCAAUCAGCACAGCUCAGAGGGAGAAGAAGCUUCUGAAUGGGAUUAUCCAGAACCUUCUGCCAGUUGUGGGUCCUUCUGUCAAGUCCAUUGUUCUGGCUUACAGUUGCACAGUCUCAAGUAAAAUGGUGCGUCAAAUUCUCAUUCUCUGCCCUAAUAUCACUCACCUGGACUUGACCCAGACUGAUGUGACAGACUUUGCGUUUGACAGUUGGUCAUCUCUUGGAGCAUGUCUGUCAUUGGUACACCUUGAUUUGUCAGGGUGUGAGAAGAUCACUGACCAUACCCUGAAGAAGCUGUCUAUUGGGCUAGGUGACCUGCCGUCUUCCACAGUCUUUGAGAAGCGCUCCAACCGACAAGACAAGCUCCUCAAAAGUCCCCCACUACCCAUUACUCUUCUAGACGAGAGGAACAUUCAUCCGGUGGUUCGGAAGCGGCAGGCCAUCAUUUUUAAGCAGAGGGCAGGCCGCCGGGGCACUGCAUGCACUCCCACCCCAGUUUGGGUCUUGGACCCGUCAGACCUUGCUGAUAUUGAAGAUGCAGCAGAGUGGAGCCGUCGUGGUGGGAUGUCUGUUCCUGAAGGGAAGAGUUUUGUAGAGACACAGCUUGGGGCGGGAUCAUGCUGCUGCAGGAGGAGCAGGAGGCGAGGGCACAGGACUGGCUUUAAUGCCUCCUAUUUGCAUCAGCAGUAUGCCAUUUCUGGGGAGAUGCUCUGUGGUCACUCCACUUGCUGCACUAGCGAUGUGGCCCUCAGGACUUUCACUGGGCCACAUUGUCAGCCAGGCAUUACCAAGGGCAGCACUUCAGAUUUUCGGACUAAAUGCUCCUUCGGGGGCCAGCAGUGUGUGGGCCGUGCAAACAGGACUGAUCAGUCAGAGGCUAAACGCUCACUGAGAUUUCUCAGUCUCUCUGGAUGCUAUCAAGUCACAGAUUUGGGCUUGAGGGCUCUGUCUCAGCACGGAGGGCUUCCUGUUCUGGAGCACCUCAACUUGUCCGGCUGCCUCUUCAUCACUGAGGUGGGGCUGCAGGAGCUGGUGUCUGCCUGUCCUGCCCUCAAUGAUGAGCACUUCUAUUACUGUGACAACAUUAACGGUCCCCAUGCAGACACAGCCAGCGGUUGCCAGAAUCUGCAAUGUGGCUUCAGGGCCUGCUGUCGCUCUGGAGAGUGAUCUUGCCUAACAUCACUCUCCCACUUUGUCACAUCUCCCUCUAUUGCACUUUAACCUGGGAACACCAUUCGCUGUAUUUUUCCGUCACCCAAAAAAAGAAGUUUCAGGAUGAAACUGUAAAAGAAAUUUUGCUCCCAGCAUUUUGAUUUCCAUCUGUAUUUCUAGGAAAUACUCCUUUAGAAAAGGAAAAAUGUUAAUGGGUGUUGGAUUUGAAGUAUCUGCAAAUGUACAUUAUAAUUCCUUUUUUUGGUUUUGAAAGUCAGUGUUUUGUUUUCCUAAACUUAGAGAACCAUGAGCACCAAGUACUUGCUGUUUUCUGUAGGAAAUUAUACCAUGCUUCCUUAACUUUGUAACUAACAAGCUGUACUGACUAGGUCCCCUUCUCUCACUCACACUUCUUUUAGGUCAUGCAUUUACACUUCCCAUAGCAUAAGUUGACUAACUGUAGCAACGACAUGUUGUAGAGGUAUUAUUUUUUCACCAUUACACAUGAACACAUGAUUUAAUGAGGAGUUUGGUGUGUAAAUUUAUGCAUGAUGGAGUUUUUUUUUCCUAACCCAAGAUUGAAAUUGACUGUACUGGCUAGCUGUGACGUUAUUGAUGGUUGACAGUCAGAGGGAUCUCCAUUCUCUGAACCCCACAGGCUGCAGUGGCUGUUUCCCUGACAGUUGACUAUUGAUACUGCCACAGCAUUUGUUGAGUUACUGAGACAUAAAUACAGACUGUGCAGGCAUAGGAAUUGGUAUUUGAUGUUGCAGUAUAGUCUUAACCAUUUCUUUAUUUUGAUGUCAUACCUAAUGUUCAUUAUCACCGUUUGCUGUUGAGAAAUUUUUUGAAUUUUUUUUCUUUAAGCACUCCAUUGUUGUGGGUUAAGAAAUGGACCAGUGCUCAUAUAGGACAGACUAAUUUGAUUAUAUCAUUGUGCCAGUGUGGUUGCUGACAUAGACGAGUGGAUUGGAAAGAAACACCUUCAGCUCAGGUGAGGCUUUGGGCGCCCCCUGGUCGGCAUUCAGUAGACUGCAUUUCACCUUAAUCUGCAGAAGGCAUUAUUUGCUUGUUCAGAAAUCUUGCAUGAGAAGUUCUAUUCAUAAUAUAAAAAUCAGAAGCAGAACAAUAAAAGUACCUUGGGGUUUAAA